AUGAAGCAGGAGGGCUCGGCGAGGCGCCGCGGCGCGGACAAGGCAAAGCCGCCGCCCGGCGGAGGGGAACAAGAACCACCGCCGCCCCCGGCCCCCCAGGAUGUGGAGAUGAAGGAGGAGGCGGCGGCGAGUGGCGGAUCAACCGGGGAGACCGCUGGCAAGACGGCGGCUGCGGCGGCUGAGCACUCCCAGCGAGAGCUGGACACCGUCACCUUGGAGGACAUCAAGGAGCAUGUGAAACAGCUGGAGAAGGCAGUGUCGGGCAAGGAGCCUCGGUUUGUGCUGCGGGCCCUACGGAUGCUGCCUUCCACGUCACGCCGCCUCAACCACUACGUUCUGUACAAGGCCGUGCACGGCUUCUUCACUUCCAACAAUGCCACUCGAGACUUCUUGCUACCCUUCCUGGAAGAGCCCAUGGACACAGAAGCCGAUUUACAGUUCCGUCCCAGAACAGGAAAAGCUGCAUCGGCUCCGCUCCUGCCUGAAGUGGAAGCCUACCUCCAGCUUCUCAUGGUCAUCUUCCUGAUGAACAGCAAGCGCUACAAAGAGGCACAGAAGGUUUCUGAUGAUCUGAUGCAGAAGAUCAGCACUCAGAACCGCCGGGCCUUGGACCUUGUGGCUGCCAAGUGUUACUAUUAUCACGCCCGGGUCUAUGAGUUCCUGGAUAAGCUGGAUGUGGUGCGCAGCUUCCUGCACGCUCGGCUCCGGACCGCCACGCUGCGGCACGAUGCGGACGGGCAGGCCACGCUGCUGAACCUCCUGCUGCGCAACUACCUGCACUACAGCCUGUACGACCAGGCCGAGAAGCUGGUGUCCAAGUCUGUGUUCCCCGAGCAGGCCAACAACAACGAGUGGGCGAGGUACCUCUACUACACAGGGCGCAUCAAAGCCAUCCAGCUGGAGUACUCAGAGGCCCGAAGAACAAUGACCAACGCCCUCCGGAAGGCCCCUCAGCACACAGCUGUCGGCUUCAAACAGACGGUGCACAAGCUUCUGAUUGUGGUGGAGUUGUUGCUGGGGGAGAUCCCAGACCGGCUGCAGUUCCGUCAACCAUCCCUCAAGCGCUCACUCAUGCCCUACUUCCUUCUGACCCAGGCUGUCAGGACAGGAAACCUAGCCAAGUUCAACCAGGUCCUGGAUCAGUUUGGGGAGAAGUUCCAAGCAGAUGGGACCUACACCCUCAUCAUCCGACUGCGGCACAACGUCAUCAAGACAGGCGUGCGCAUGAUCAGCCUCUCCUAUUCCCGCAUCUCCUUGGCGGACAUCGCCCAGAAGCUGCAGCUGGAUAGCCCAGAGGAUGCAGAGUUCAUUGUUGCCAAGGCCAUUCGAGAUGGCGUCAUUGAGGCUAGCAUCAACCACGAGAAGGGCUACGUCCAGUCCAAGGAGAUGAUUGACAUCUAUUCCACCCGCGAGCCCCAGUUAGCCUUCCACCAGCGCAUCUCCUUCUGCCUGGAUAUUCACAACAUGUCUGUCAAGGCCAUGAGGUUUCCUCCCAAAUCCUACAACAAGGACUUGGAGUCUGCAGAGGAGCGGCGAGAGCGGGAGCAGCAGGACUUAGAGUUUGCCAAGGAGAUGGCAGAAGAUGACGACGACAGCUUCCCUUGA